ACUACAUAAACGGUUGCCUUUGUCUGACGUUAAAUCGCACUUUCUGUGUUUUGAUGCUGAUGUUGUAAGCCUGGGUCUUCUGAGGCUGUGGUCUUACUACCCUUUGCUGGGGGUUUGUUUAUAGUUAAGCACAAAGCUACACAAAUGGCUAUCUGUGCUCUAGCGUUGUAACUCCGCAGACAUACCGCUGUGCCACUGGGGGCUGUAUUGUGAGAGGUCUCAGUAUAACUACAUACGAACCUGUUCCUGCAUAUCGAAAAGAUGAGAGGGAUUUUUCUUUUGCUGUUUUUGCAGCUAGCGAAAGGACUCUCUUUGGAUGAGAUUCAUGCUUACCAAAAUCCUCCUGACAUUUCUGUACCAAGAAGGAGCCACCCCGAUUCUGAGAAAUUUAUUCCAUGGCAGGAGUUUGAUGAAUCUGUUGUUCCUUACCCUUUCAACUCGGUAUACAAUAUACCUACCAGCAAAAGGAAACAAGGAGAAAACACAGCACUUUUUAGUUCCAAGCAUGGCCAGCUGACAAUCCCUGAUGAGGGCUCGGAUCACUCAGCUGGGAUUUUUGCAGCUGGAAUAUCAAAUCGACUACUCAGUACCCUCCAAGAAAUUGACCGCCAGAUGGCACAAAAAGAAGCCAGAAGAGAUUAUGAAAAACAGAUGGAAUUGUAUAACCAGUUAGAGAAACGUCAACGUUAUGGUUUUCGAGAUGAAAACACUGUUCCCUUCAUGGAAAGGAGUGACUAUGAUAUUGAUAGAAGUCCGAAAAGUUUCGUUUACUCAUUCCAAGUACAUUUACCAUCUAGUGAGCCUUCUUACUGGAGGGGGCAGAGGUAUUCUCUUCCAUCAGCUUUCAGUUCUGCCCCUAUGGGCAGGAACAGAUGGCCACAUGACAAAGAGAGUAAUAGAAGAAUGGAGGCAAAUAUUUGGAACAAGAACAGAUAUUACGAUCUCUCUGAUAUUGAAGAACCUUAUUUCAAUGACAUUCUCCCACUUUCAACAUCUAACAAAGAAACUAAAAUUACGGUAGAAGAACCUCAAUUUCCGAUUUUUCAUAAGAAACAGAAAACUCAAACGCCCUCUGUGGAUCCCGAAGAAUUACAAGAGUUCUUUCAAGCAAGGAACAUAAUGAGAAAACCUGGGCGCGAACUUAGCAAAAGCAUAUUUGGAGAAAAUACAAACGGGCAAGAGGACGAACAAAUUUUAAACUCCAUUUCUUCUGAAAUCGAACGACGUAAAAAUAAAGAAGGAUCAAUUGCGCACUAUCUCGAUGAUUCCUUUCACAAUGUAGAUGACUCUAAGAUUGACGAAUAUGAUAUCACCAAAUUUAGUCUCAAAAAUUCGCCGCCAUACUUUGACGAGCCCAAAAGCUUAAUUUUGAAAAAAAGAGAGUACACAAACUCCGACUCUGUUAAGGCUACAACAGCGAGUGAACUCAGCGACAUAUUCAAGGAUGAUGGUGAUGAACGAAACAUGAUAAAAAGACGUACUGAAUCAUCAGAAGAAACAAUAUCUGAAAGGCAAAAUGAGAAAAACGAAACAAAUGAAGCAACUAACAGACACAAUACAAAUGUUUUGAACCAUUUUGACGAAGUAACUACAGAAAUAAUAACUGAGGAACCACAAGAAUCACACCCAUCAACUCCUAAACAAAACUUUGAAACAUGGUUGAAAAAGGAGUACAUCAAGAACAUGGCUAAAGCUCUCAACAUCUUAAGGAAAAAAAGAAGCAACGAUUGGGCAUCAGUAUUUUCUAAAAACAUAGACGAUCUCCUUCAACAUGGUAGGAAUGGCGUAAGCAAUAGGAAAAAAGGACAAAAAACAAAUAUUAUAGACCAAAGUCGCGAAGAAGAUUACAAAAAUAUUGAAGAAAGUGUUAAAAAACAAAGAUAUGAAGAGGAAAAAGAAGAUAAUUUUGUUUCACAGAAACUGCAGUUUGAAGAAGCCGAGAAAAAGAUAAAGCAAAUUGAAAAGGCCAUGAUUGCAGUAGCAAUGAAGAUGAUAAAAGAGAGCACCCCUGACGGCACUCUUUUUGAUGAAGAAAAAAUUUCUCAUAGGUUAGAAGCUGCUAAAGAACUGAAAAAUCUAAGACAAGCACUAGCUCACCUACAUACAACCUUGGAUAAAAUUGAGCAGGAGAGUCAAGAAAGUGAGGACAACACUUCAAAAAAUAAUGAAGGGAUAAAAGAUGUAACAUUAAGAUGGCCACAUUUUUUUGAAAAGAAAAGAGAGUUAGAAAAAUAUGGCGAUGAAGAUGGAGAGCACAAACUGUUCGAGGAUCAACCUUCUUAUGGAGUGAACCCUGAUAUGACAGCCAAUGUUUACCAUUACAGUAGAGGUCAACCCAGGCAACAAGAAGAUGACUACUGUCCACCUUUGAAACUGCUGACAAGCGACUGCGCAGCUGUAGACGAGUAUUUGCCUAACGAAUCAUUACGUCGAUUGCUUCGUCAUGCCUGCAAUUGGCAUGAUGUCUGUUACACGUGCGGCAAAGCUUUUGGCCUAACGUCAGAAGACUGUGAUGGUGGAUUUUCAGAAGAAAGCGUCACCUUGUGUCGAGGGGACCGACCUUGUGAAACAGCAACUCGCCUUAUUCUUCGUCCGCUGCGGGAGACGAAAGUAUUCUUUAAACGCAGUAUCCCCCAGAUGUGUUAUUUAGAUAGUUGCGUAGAAGAAUUUCUUAAGGGGCGCUAGAUGUCCAACAGGUCCAUGUACGCUAACAUUGUCCAUGCUGUAGUGUUGAAUUACUAGCACAUUCUUACACAACUUGUCUUUUCCCACAGUCACCAACGUUCUGUAUCUUAAUGUGUGUGUGUUUUUGUUAAGUAUGUUGCAAGUGUAACAAUAACUUUAUAUGUAAUUUCUUUGAUAUAUAUAAACUUCCAGCUCGCCAGUGAUUUGAUUCAAUCACACAACCUCGAUGUGCUAUUAACUAUAAAUUAUAUUCAGGCAUUUGAUACUGUAUUAUGUUACAAAUGUGUCACACAGCAUUUUUACUUUGAUUUUUGAUUUUAAAGAUGAUUGGGUUAUCUUAAUUGUAUCCGGAUCCCGUGUGUAGACGUACUUUGUAUAUCGUUGUCCUGUAAUUAUUCAAAUUAUUAAAAAGUUAAUUGGAUGCGCGUUUUAUCAAGCCAAAGAACAGGUUUGGGACUACAGUGCAAUAGAAUGUUGUAAUUAUGAUGUAUGUUGUUUUGUGGUGCUAAUUAUGACGGGUUUCAUACCCGGUGCUGAUGCUGGUCUAUUUUUGGUUAGUUUGAAUUUCAAAACAUGUAACAAAAACAUAUAAAAUAAAACAUAUUUGGUUGAAGGAGAA